AUGUCCCUGAACCAGUGCGUCGUCUGCUGGAAGGGGGGCGGCCAGUUAUGCGGAUCGUGCAAGAGCUGCCACUACUGCUCGAAGGAAUGCCAGAAAAGCGAUUGGAAGUCGCACAAGUUGUUGUGUAAGGCUAUCGUGACCCAGCCGGAACGCCCAUCUCCUUCGCAUGUCAGGGCUAUCUACUUUCCACAAGACAAGCCGGUCCCAGAACUCGUCUGGAUUCGUUGCUUUGAAAACCCCGAGAUUCCCGAAGAACCAAAUCACCCAUAUCCGGACUCCGUCAGAGAAAUCCUUGGCGCAAGCUACGACUGUCAACGGGGCCAGUAUAAUUACGUUCAUAAGAAGGAAGUGCCUCGUAUGAUAGACAUCCUUUUUCGAAAUAUGUUUCGUUACGAUGGAUCGAAGCCUACCGAAAGCUUAUAUAAGACCGUCGCAAAACAUGGCGAUGAAAAGUUCGGCUGGAAAGGCCCCCUUCUCCUCUUCGGUAUCUCAGUUGAAGAUCCGCUGGAAGAUUCCGAUAUGCCAGUCUGGCGAUAUACCGAUGCUACACUUGCAGAUUUUCGCAGUAUGAUAGAUCUAUCCCUCGGAUACAAUGAGCUUUACCCAUUGGAAAAUCACGCGGCCCUCGAAGAUGAAAGUAGCCAAGAAAUGAGCGUCCAAGAUGUCUUAGCGAACACGUUAGACGCGACGUUUAGCAUGAUUUGGAGUACAUUGGGCUGA